CGAGCCGAUUCACAGGUUUGAUUUCCGCUCAGGAAGAAGAAGAAGACGAAGAGGAAGAAGACUUAAAAAUGUUGUUGCAUGAGUUGGAGAAGUGAACCAGUUGUUUCUAGAAGUUUCUAAAGCUCUUUAAUAGAAAGAGUCCGUUAACAGGCAGUGUUUUCAGCUGGUUAACUUAUAGGUGUAGUUUUUAAGUUAGAUGUUAAGGCGAGAUGUUAGCUCGUCUGUUGUGAGUGGUUGCAGCUAGCUGUUAUUAGCUAACAGUGAUGUCCUCAGAGCGCCAGGGACAGGUGGGGGACCUGACAAACCAGAGCAAAGAACAGCUCCAAGAGCUGUUGCUCCGACAGGAAAAAAUACUCUCUAACAAGAGGUUAUUACAGACUCUUCCUGACAAAGGAAAAAAGAUAUCAGAAUUUGUGGAGAAAGUGCGACUUGCCAUUGAACACUGCAGUGAAGAGGAGAGGAGACAGAGCUUGGUGUCUGCUGCCAGGGCAGAGUUACAGUCCAAGUACCAGCAGGCUUUCACUAUGCAACAGCAUGUUGUCCUCAACACACCUGCAGCCUCACACCAAAACAGGCAACAUGAGGCUACUGCUUGCAGUAAAGUACAGGAGAAGGGGAUCUCACCUGUCCCAGCACUUGUGCAGGAAAAUGCUGCUUCGGAUGAGCAAGGGGAUCCGUUUCUCUCUAGAGCAGCGUCUGGUGAAACAAUGGAGACGGCUGCUGCUGAGGCCUCUCUGAACUCUGAUCAGACAAAACACAGUGACCUUGUGGAGGCCUUUGAACAGGUCAGACUGUCUGAAACUACUAUUGGUUUCAGUUGUGAGUCCAAAGACCCAUUAAACAGUAUGGCAAGAGACAAUUACUUUCUCAGAAAGGAGCCACCAAAAAAGUCUCACUAUGUAACUAUCUUGGAAAAAACAGAGAAGACUUCAGCUCCUAGGAAGCAAAAAUUCAAACCAAAUCAGCUGCCCCACAGAAAUAACAUUUCGCCAUCAGGAUCCUUGUCACCCAGGCAGUUCUCUGAAGGCUUAUCGCCACUCUCUACUCAGGCCAGGAGAGAGCAGGACAGAAAACACCUGGAUGACAUCACUGCAGCCAAACUCCCUCCGCUCCACUACAAUCCGGUCCAGCUUCUGUCUCUGGAAGAGUCGGCCAUUCUCCAGGAGGAACAAUUGAAGAAGCAGCAGGAGUUGCAGGCCAAGCUGGCAGCCCAGAAACUGUCUGAGGGUUUGAAGAUCUCCAUGGGGAGCUACACUCCUGAUGGUGGCCCCAUGGCUGCCUACAGAGAAGUUCACGAUGAAGGAGCCCAGCUCUCCUCAGAGGAAGACUGAUCCUGGAAGGCCAUAACUGGGGAAACCAGUGUGACCUUGGCCCUGAGGGAAACAGGCUUUGGACCUUGAAAACAGGACCAAUCAAACAGGAUUUUCACUCCAAGGACAAGAAAUCUUAAGAGAGGAAAAGGGUCUUUGCAUGGUGUGAAGGCAUCCCAGGCUUAGCUCUGGAAAUUAAAUGAGUAACUAGCUUACUUAACUGGCAUUGAAUUCGUAUUGGCUUCAGCUGCGUCAGUGUUGUGCUGCUGACGGACACUUAAAUGCUAAAUCUCAAGCAUUUACAGCAUUGUGAGGAAAAUGUUUCUUAUCACUGUACUGAAACUGUUGUUAUGGCUUUCUCAGGCUUAGAGUUCUUUUAGCUAGCAUUUCGUUUAUAGUGUGUUAAUAAUUACAUUCACUUAAAGCUCAGCAGAUAGUAGAAAUGAGUCUGCAAGUAGUUGCCAGGUGUUAUUUAUUACAGAAUGUGAAUAGACACAUCUGCUUUCCCAAAUGAUUGUGUUUAUGUAAAGUCAGCUGACAAUACACAGUUUUCCCAAACUCUUCAUUUUGUCUUCACUGGUAAGAAACUGCCCACUGAUGAGAGCAUCAAGAAAGGAAAGUGGGCCUGAUAGGCAAAUUCUUAAGAAUAGACUGAUUUGCUGCCAUCUGUAUGUUAGUUUUGAUACUGAGAAAAGAAGGUGAUAAUUGUUUGUUGUAACUUAAGAGCAGUUUCUAGUGAAGCCAGAGUCAGCUGCAGGCACCGAUCUUCUAAACGCGUGUGAGAUGUUGUCAAGCUGGGCUCUGUUACACACCUGAUAAGAUUAAUGCAGGGCUAGUGAGAUAUUGAAGCUUGAUGGUUGAGACAUCUGGACUGCAUUUGGAUCAUGUUGUUGCUGAGAAUGGCUGGUGUUGAUGGGACGGCAGCAGGCUAAUGCAACAUGGCAAAUACCAUUUCUCAACUUUGCUAGUUUGUGGUAGAUAAGAAGUGCCAGCUACAUUCAAAAUUUUUCUAAACUGCCUUUCCCAUCAUCUCUCCUCCAGUUCUCACGGAGGGUUGUAGUACAGCUCAAUUUAAACGGCCUGAUUCAGGGAUUUUAAUGAGGAAGCAAUAAGGCACUGAGGCAUGUUAUGGGGGAAAUGAGGGUGAGUUCAUGUAGGUCACAGUCUGGUGAUAGAUGCCCCUCGAUAACCUUUAGUAAUUGUUACCGAGACAUUAGUGGGAGAUAUGUUGGAAGAAAAACAUUUGAUUGCUAUGUAUUUAGACACUGUGUCCGAUGGGCUCCAGAGUGGCCCUGUGGUGACGUACAAUAACAAAUACAUGAGCACGCUCUGCAGAGGGUCCUCAUUGUGCUGGGAUUAAUUGCAGCCUACCUUCCUUACUUAAGUUCAGAGACUGUUACCAAUUAUGGGGCACGUUUUUUGCUGUAGAUUUUCACCAUGGUGCCUGGCAUCAAAUCUGACUCUGAAUAUAUGUUGUUGUUGAGAUGGAACCAAAUGCACAUUCCAGUGCUUUUUAUUUAUUUAUUUAUUUUUUUAUAUUGUCGCUUGAAGAUGAGGUUGUUUAUACUUCAACUUGAAUCCCAGAACCCUCAGGUUAAUAAACUGAUGAAGUAAUCUGCAAGUGAUUUGCUCCAACUUUGAGUCUGAAAUCACGCGUCUCGUGGGAGUAGAAAUAAUUUGCUGUUAGGGUGGGGAAACUGGAAUGUGAUUUCAAAACUGCCUCUUAAAAGACCAGUCAGCUCAGCCUUAAAUUAGAUAUACAGUAUGAUGUAUAGACUGCCGUUAAACAGGUUAGGCCCCCAGCAGAAUGACUGGAUUAUAUCUGUAAGGUUACAACGUCUGAGGUCAUACUUUUUCCAUUCUCCAAUGUUUUUGUUAUAUUUUUUAGGACACGAGGAGAUGAAAUAAUGCCGUACACUGCAGCUUUCUACAGAUAAGGUUUCAGCCAGUCUCCUCAUCCCAAUUAAAAUCCAGCUUUCCCGCCUGUUACUGCACAAGAACUGAAUCAAGUGAAAUUGUUUUUAGCUCAUAGCAGGUUUUGUUAACUAGUAUAUUGUCUGACCAGAUAAUCAGAUUUUGAAGCUGCUGUUGCGCCAGUGCCAUUUCAUAUGCAAAUGGAAUAAGCUAUGAAUGAGAAACAACCCUGCAUGUGUGUGACUUCACUGCGUUCUGUAUGUGUGUUCUCUUGAUGGGAUGGCGAGGAAAGUAAAUACUUUCCUGGCAGGACUGAGGUGCUGAGGUCUUCAGUUAUUUCACUGUGCGUGUGUGUGAGUGUGUGAGAGAGAGGAAGCCUGUGCAUAGUUGUCAUGACUGUUGACUGCUUGAGAAAGUAUGAAAUGUGGCUGCAACAUUCAUGAGUCCUACAGCUGUCUCACCAGUAGAGUAGACAGUGAAGCAAUCCCUGACUGGUGUGUGAAUCUGUAGAAGGAAAAUAAAAAGACUGAGGUGUCUGGCACUGAGUGCUAGUUAUAAAACUAAUUUAUUGCAUUUCCACAUUUGUGAGAUUGUUUUGAAUUUUUAAAAUCACCAGAGGUUAUUGCAUGUGAAUGUAGACAUCAUGUAGUAUUUCCUGUGACUGCUUGUCUUUGUAUUACUGUACACAGAUACUGGAAGAAUCUGAUCUGUUGUGGCCUGAAUAGUGCCGGGUGUUUUACAGAGGUUUUGCUGUGUUGGCUUACUGCAGUUUUGCCAGAUUUGCAGGUAGUAGAUAAUUGCUAGGCAUCUUUAAUUCAGUCUUAUCUCACCAAAAUUCUUUAUGUGAAAUACAAAACUCUCUGGUGACGCAAAGUGCUGAUAAGAAGGCUGAAUGACAAUGGGUAAAAACCAAGAUAUCAAUUACAGUGCAUGACUAUGUAGCUACAAUUCAUAAAACUGGAAUUAAAAACUUGUCGUUGAUUAAAAGCAAAUGAAUAAAGUUGUUUUAAGUUGACAUUUAAAACAGUGAGACUGCCAUCGAAUAUGCAGAGCAAGAUUAUUCCACAAAGUAGGGGCUGCAAAAGAAGAGGCACUGGUUCUUAGACCUAAGCAUUCUAAUAGGAACAUGGGGAUGUAAAAGAUCGAGGAUAUACGAGGGAUCAGAAUCAUUUAAGGCUCUUUAGGCCACAAAAUGUAUUUUAAUCCAUGUCUGGCCUGGCACAGCAUUAAGCAGGCUGUUUUGGGCAAAAAUAACACAAAACAUAUUUGGACGUCAUAUAUGAAUUAGCAUCAAUUAAAUCUUUACAAUAAAUUGAAAUAAGAAAUAGUUUUCUGUUGUUCUCCUCAGUUUCCUAUGUUUACCAGGGUUCAUUAGAUAAACCCAUUGCUUUCAUCCAGCGAAAGCCUGUGUGGCCACUGGCAGCUGUAUCCACGGUGUUUUACACAUGGUAAACUGUUAAGUGUGAAAAUCUGAGUAGCCCUGCCUUAUUUCACACUUUCAGAUGUUGUUUAAAGUUCCAGUUCUUUGCUUAUAGCAACAGCUGCCCUUGUCUUGUAUCUUUCCCAGAACUCUUCUUCAUCUCCAUCCACUCAUAAUGAAGAGCAUUUAAUAAGCAUAAUCAAUACUCUUUAAACUUUAACAAUUUUUUUGUCUGUUUCAUAGAGAACAUACUUUUGAUAAUUUGUACUGCACAAUAAAAUACUUGUGCAUU